AUGAAAUUAUUAACAUGCUUGAUCCAAAAGACAGAGGCUGCAGUUGUCGAACAUAUGAAAGCGUUAGAACCCAGCUAUCAUGUUUUGGCGAAAGUAGACUUAAGGCUAGCUGCGUUUAAUCAAAGUACAAAGCCAAUAAAUACCUUAGGCGCUUCAGAUGGUAAUAACGUUCAGGCGCAGGGCAGCACAGUGCAUUGUAGAUUACCUAAAAUGCAAUUACCAGAGUUUUCAGGAGACCCACUGGCAUGGCAAGGGUUUUGGGACCAAUUCCAAGUAGCAAUUCAUAGUAACACACAUAUAAGUGACAUAGACAAAUUUAAUUACCUAAAGGGAUGUUUGAAAGGGGAAAGUUUAUCUGCUGUAUCAGGUUUAACUUUGAACUCAGAAAACUAUCAGAAAGCAAUAGAAAUUUUGAAAGGCAGGUUUGGAAAUGAACAAAUUUUAAUAUCUGCUCACAUUGAGGAUCA